UACUUACUACUCGGGUGAAGGACAUUUGUUUAUUAUUGGGUGUUGGGUGACCCUGUGACCUCUCCGGGAGCUUUUUUGUUGGGAAGCUACAAGUAACAACAGGAACGGCUUGUUUUGAUACAUUGAAGCAAAGACUGUCUUGACGUAUUGCUGUCUGUAUUUGCUCCGCUCUGAUUGGUCAGUCCCAACAGAAGGCGUGGUUUAGUCGUAACAAUGCAUUCAAGGAACACACACGCGCCAAGGAAUGUUUACUGUCGGUGUGUAGCAAACGUCUUCUUCCCACAUGUUUAACGGGGUCACCUGCUCAGGUAAACGCCGCCCUUAAUGGACGCAGGCCAUCUCGCGGUUUCUGGAGAAAAACGGAGUCUCUAUGCAGCGGCUGGGAGGCGUGUGCUAGCUGACGAGCGUUAGCAAGCUAAUAGCAGCUCAGUCAAAAAGCUGUCGGGGCAGGGGGGAAGGAAACAACAACAGUCGGUUGAUAGUCAGCUCACGGUAGUUUCUAUCGGGCGGUAGUCGUCGGCUCGGUGCGAGGAUAACCUGACGGGACACGCCGUUUCGGAGGGCUGAAACAUCUCCCACCUCGUCGAGCGAGCAAACAAGCAAAGAAAGGUUAAGACUAUCAGAGGCAACAUACGAGUGCCUCCACUGUACAGUUUCCAUUCCCAGAGUGUGACUCGUCUGUACGACGUCACCAAUGCGACCAUGGGAAAUAGCAGUAAAUAGGCUGCCACCAACAGCCCCCUUAAAUCCAAGGAGGUUCCUUGGAGAGCCCUGCAACAUCCCGGUGCAGCUCAGGAGAAGCCCACCAGUGAGACGCCAGUGGGGGAGACGAGACAUACCUGUACUCUCCACUUCUCUGAUCCAGGAUGAGAACUUCCAUCAUCUGCUUUUCUCCCAACAUCACCAACAGCUUUCUUUAGAUGAGUCCAGACAGUACAGCCGCACCAGCACACCACCACGCAUGCUUCACCCUGCUGCUCACCUUCCCCAGCAGAGCCCCAUCAUGGUGGAUGUACACGACCAGAUGCACCAGGGAUCCCUUCCAAUAUCAUACACUGUUACAACGGUGACGACCCACGGAUUUCCUAUCCACACCGGGCAGCCCCUUCCGGGUUGCAACACUCAGCAGCUCCCAGCAUGCUCGGUAAUGUUCAGCGGACAGCUCUCUCUGCUCUGCUGCCUUCCUCCUCCUCUCAUACAGGCAUGUACCAUGCAGCAUAUGCCAGUGUCUUAUCAAGCCUUUCCACCCCUGAUCUCCAGCGAACAUUUUGUAUUGCACCCAGCCCCAUCUGUACCGCCCCACCAGCCACCGCACCUUACUCCUUUGAGCCAAUUUGUCCCUUUACAGCCUCAGCACCCACGCAUGCCUCUACAGAGGGUAGACAAUGAACUUGACCUAAGAGGGGACCAGCACCCAUUAGGGACUUUCUCUUACCCUCCAUCUCAUCGCCCACCAGCGCUGCCUCCUUCUCUGCCCCUACAGUAUCUUCCUCAAGAGCCUCUGCAUCAGGAGCUUCCCUUUGGCGUGCCAUAUCCCCACAUGCUGCCCCGGCGAGUGAGUGGACAAAGAUACCGGUUGCAGCAACCUCUCCCCCCUCCUCCCCCUCCAUCUUACUACCCAGGCUUCCUUCCAUACUUUCUGUCAAUGCUUCCUGUGCCUCCAACAGCAGUGGGCCCAGCCAUCAGUCUAGACCUGGAUGUGGAUGAUGUGGAGAUGGAGAACUAUGAAGCAUUACUCAAUCUGGCGGAGAGGUUGGGUGAAGCUAAACCACGUGGACUCACUAAAGCUGAUAUAGAGCAACUUCCGUCCUACAGAUUCAACUCAGAGAAUCAUCUAUCUGAACAAACGCUGUGUGUUGUGUGCUUUAGUGACUUUGAGUGUAGGCAGCUACUUCGGGUAUUACCUUGUAACCAUGAAUUCCACGCAAAGUGUGUGGAUAAAUGGCUAAAGACCAAUCGCACUUGUCCCAUCUGCCGAGCCGAUGCCUCGGAAGUACACCGAGAGGUGGAGUGAGAACUGUCUGAGUGCUGAACUGGAAAGCUGCACAUACCAGAGUCUCUCCCAAAACUGGGGAUACCUGCCACCUAUCCUGCGUCCACCAGUAAAUAUAGCUGGCCAACCCACCACUCCUGCCCCUUCCAAAACAAUAGGCAAUCCAGGCUUGUUUUCUGGAGCCUGUUGUACCUCUGCUGUGCUUCAUUGUCCAAGUCUCAUGAAACCCACUGCCUAUCGCAGCCUAUAGCCAGAGUUCUGGGAUCGCCGGCCAGUUCUUUCUCUGCCCCCUCGUUGCAGAUUCCAAAGAUUUCCCCUACAAUGCAUUAUUUGCUGCUUUUGUUUACAGGGUUUCAUUUUUAUUUAGUGGAUUUGGUUGUGGAGUUCAUGAAAAGUGGGAGUCCUGCAUUGGAAGUGGUGAGUCGGAGGAUGAUAGGCUGGACACCUUGUGCAAUUAGCAGAAAAAUAAUAGGAAUACUUCAACAUGGGUAUCUGUGUUUGGAGGCGAUGCCUGACCAUCACAGAUGCAUGUUUGUGUAGAUGUUGGGCAAAGUGACUUGUUAAUAAUGUAUGUUCUGCAAUAAUGUAUUGAUCAUUUUAACAGUUUUACCCUUAUUUGUUUUAGAUUUGCAAAUUAUAUUGUGAAAGUGUGACUUGCUGUUGUUAAAAGCAGAUUCAGUUAAGCCUGAUGUUUAUGGACUGCAAGUGAUGGGACAUGCAACUAUGGGGUUUCUUCUACCCCCAAUUAUCCUCUCUGGAACACAGAUCUGUUUAAAAGCAGUCAUGGAUUAAUGGACUGCUUCUUUUUGAGGUCAUCUGGCAUAACUGCACAAGUGCUACACCCACCCUCCACGGUCAGCAUUGUUCCUCUGGCAAGCGUGUAUGCGUGUGUACAUAUAGUGUGUGUGUGUAUGUUUGUCCUGUUGACAGAGCCAAUGCAUUGUGUAACCACUGGAUACAGGGCAGCAUGCUAGGAUUUGCAUGAACUGUUGAUUCAGACUAGCAAUAUUUUAAUCAAGCAUUGCCACCAAAAUUGUCGUAUUUUAAGAAAAAGAAGAGACAAAUAAGCAUACUAAAAGAACUGCUUGCUUAUUCAGAAAGCGCCAUGAAGGAAGACUAGCAUGUGGUUCCACCCUAACUGCUUUUGAGGAGGGGAUUCCUCGUCUGAAGGCUGUGCUGAUGCCAUAAAGCUCUGGAGGUCUGUGCAGAAAGCAACAUGUGCAGUGAGUGGCGAGUUUUAAAUGAACUUUCUUCCCCUUUUAGGAAGACUGGGAUUUUUAUUUCAUUGUUUGUGAGCCAAAUCCAAUAUACAGAUAUAGCCUACUG